AAGGACCGUUUGGGGAUUGGGGGUCGCCUCACAAUAUCAUCAGGCUACAGACUAGUAGUUUUAAAAGUCAACUGUAGAGUACUAGUAGGUAAGCGUUGCCCCAACGGUCACCGAUGAAUUGGGCGACACCUCUCAACGCUAGCAAGAUGUUUUCGGCAAAGGCGGCCGUUACCGAUGGCAGUGUGUAUACAUACACUAUAGUUUUCUCCGAGUUCGCGGACGGUCUCAUCAAUUGCGGUGGAGAGCAGGGCGUCUUUCCUCCUCGUGCCGCCGGGCGAAACCUGCCGAAAUGUCUCACUUCAACGACCGCUCCUUCCUGGCUGGGGCAGCUUGCUGGAGACACCACACUACUGCCCAAUACCUCGUAUUGCAUUGAGGUUCUGGUUAACUCGCGUCUCCUUGGAUUACCGUUUGGGACGCUGAUCCUCCAUGGCGGUCAUCUGGUUCCCUGGAUCCUCUGCUACCUGGGUUUGGAAUCCCCAUGUUCCAUGCUUACCCUUUUUGGCCGCUGCUACCAGUCUACACUACCGCAGUUGGACUGUAGAUCCAACGAUCCUCAACAUGGCCCACAGCUUCAGCAGCACACUUAUCCGCGGUCUUGUGUACCUGCUUCGCACCGUCGCCGCCGCUUCCCCAUGCCCAUAGUUGAUCUCAAUACCCGACAUGGGGGCACCAGCGACGCUCGAAAACGUGCAGCGAAUAGCCGGCCCACACGUCUUCGUCCCUCGUCCCGGUGUCAACAUUGCCAGGCGGCUCCAAAGCCAGAUCGGGAAACGGCGCGCGGAUCAUCCAGUGAGAGAUUCCAGGAGCGAUUGGGUGCUCUGCAUGCGUUUGGACCUGAUCCACCAUCGACCGCCUAUCACCGUAGCCUACACAAGCCUCACCUAGCUAACGAUAGACUUUGCACGAGCCGUUGAUGGUAGCCGGGUUUCACCCGGCGCUCUGAGGUACCGUUGGGGAGACGUUGAGAGGCAUGUCUUGC